GUCGCGUCCAAUCAUAAACGGAGGGGGGCGGGCUUUAUGGAUUUUAUAACCUCUGCCGUUGCAGGCUGGUCUAUAAAGGAAGCCGAUGAAAGUCGUAAACAUGACACUGACCGACUCUCUAUGACAGGGACUACAACCAUGAUCCAGACGACUUUUUGAACUGUCAAAGGACUGGAAUUCACUUUCAAGAUUAACACCAGUAAGGGAAUCCUCCAUCAUCAAGAUGAAGCGCCUAUACCUGGUGGAGCCAGUGGUGGCCCUGUAUGCUUUCAGCAGUUUUCUCAUCUACCCACUGGUGCAGCAGUACAUAUACCGCCGGCUCUGGCAGCAGCUGACCAACACCACCUACCCCAUCUCCAGCAACAGCUCCAGAUGUGUACCAAGCAACAGCAGCAGCAACCACACAGACUUCCAUAAGGAGGUACAGAAACAGGCGUCCCUGUUCUCCACAUACUCGGAGCUUCUCUCCACCAUCCCCUCAUUGAUCGUCACCCUCCUGCUGGUGGCUUACAGCGACCGAGGAGGCCGCAAGAUCACCAUCGUCAUGCCCUUGAUUGGCUCUCUGAUCUACGGUUCCACCUUCCUGAUGGUCUCCUUCUUUGAGCUGAACAUCUAUUUGCUGAUUGGCUCCUCAUUUCUCAGCUCUCUGUUUGGGGGUUUGGGAACCUUUCUCGGGGGCUGCUUUGCCUACAUAGCCGACUUGUGCAAGAAUGAGCGUCAGAGAACCUUGCGCAUGGCCGGAGUGGACAUGAUGAUCGGACUGUUGUCGGGGGUGGCUGCAAUAUCGACAGGCUACUUCCUGAGAGCGGCGGGCUUUAACUGGCCGUUUCUAACCUCAGUGUUGUGCCAGAGUCUGACCCUUCUUUAUGCAAUUUUUAUCCUCGAAGAAACUGUGAAAGCCCCUGACGACGGUGUCAUUUUGGACGAGUCCCGCCGACGAUCUGCAUUAAAAUAUAUGGUCUGUGCCGUCUACCAGACCUUCUCAGGACUCAGCUCUAAGUGUAAAGUUCUUCUAGCCCUCAUGAUGUUCAUCUUCACCAGCUUCUCCUUUGCCUACGUUGGAGGCAUUUCUUUGGUGACGCUGUAUGAACUCAAUGAGCCCCUCUGCUGGAACGAGGUCUUGAUCGGCUACGGUUCAGCCCUGUCCACCACCGUGUUCCUGACGAGCUUUGCAGGAGUGUCAGUGCUCACAUACUGCCGCGUUCCACAGCUUCUCAUCGUCCUGCUGGGGAUCAUGUCCGUCGCAUUGGGAAUGAUCCUGCUGUCGUUUGCAAAGACCACUGUGCUGAUGUUCAUAGUGAGAAUACCAAUGCUGCUCUCGAUUAUGCCUUUCCCUGUUUUGCGCUCCAUGAUGUCGAAGAAUAUCUCAAAAUCUGAGCAAGGAGCCCUGUUUGCCUGCCUUUCUUUUCUGGAGAGUUUAACCAAUAAUGUGUCCUCUGGAGUCUUCAACAGUGUUUAUGCUGCCACUGUUUCAUGGUACCCUGGCUUUGUCUUCGUCCUAGCUGCAGGGCUCUGUUUAAUUCCCUUAUCUGCUCUUGGGGUGGUUGCUCUGAUUGGAACCGAUGUUUCCACAGAGAUCAGAAGAGCAGAAACUUUCUCCUCAGGAGAGGCAAUAACUGCAGAGGAUGAUCAGGAAAACCAGCCUCUGCUCAGCUGAGGGUUUGGACAAUAUUUAGAAGCUAUGCAUAAAAACAGAAACCACACCCACAUAUUUUCCUGUACAUUUAUAUAUAUUUAUACAACUGAGAACAUAUGCACUUCGUUUAAGUACCAGGGAUACACAGUGUUUUAUUUUUGACUGUUGCUUUUAUUUCCUGUUUUUGUGCCACUGUCAUUUUACCAUUUUUAGAUUGAGAUUUUGAUGUAGCUUUUUGUAGUCUCAAAAGACUUUUGGAAGUCCUUUUUGCCUCAAAGGGUUGAAGAUUUCAAUAAUACAUACUUUUGAAGAUAUAAACCCUAAAAAGGAGAAUGCAAAUUAAUGUAAAAAGGGAAAAAAUGGCAGAAAAAGAUUUUUAAAGAUAUUUUAUAUCUGCUUUACUGAAUAUGUUUGGAUUUGUCUCUUAGUUUAAUUCUUUUCAAGAAGUGGUUGAUUUUUCUUUUUAAUCAGACUGUGACUGGCUUUAAAAGCCGUUUUUGAUGCAAUUUGAUGAUUGUUUAUCUUAGUUUUUUUGGGUUGUGUGAUGCUUUGAUUUGCUACAGAAAUAGGUCUAAGCUUAAGUUUGAUUUUAAUAAUCAACAAAAUUGCAACAAUCUAGACCCAAUAGGGGUUUUUAGUCAGUGAUUCUGUAUCUCUAUUAUCCUGUUCAUUAAAAAAAACUUAAAUAAUUGCUCUCAUGCGCACGAGCAGAUCGGUUUUUGUAUUAAGUUUUCUAUUCAGCAUUUUUCACUAAUUCUAAAAUAGAUCCUGGCACCAAAAAAAAAAAGUUUACAAAUGUAGAUAAAAUAUUGGUUUUACAUUUCUGCUUUUGUGGACACAGUGAAGAACUUAUUUUAACAACUUGCGCAAUACUAGGUUUUUGCUCUAAUUCACUUGUUUUUUUUGUUUGUUUUUGCUUUAAGUGGAAAAUUGCAACAAUUGUGAUUUUUUUUCUUUAUUUUCAUUUUAGAAAUUUCAAUUAGAAAUCUGAUUUGAGGAAAAUGUGUCUUAUAAUUUUGUCUUUAAACCUCCUUACUCCAUGCAACUUACAUGCAAAAUGAUCAUAGAAAUGAGAAAAUGUUGUUUUUCAUUGAACUUGUCUGCACUUUAUACACAGUAGUCCACCAUUAGCCAGCCUACUGUGGAAAAUAACUUUUGUUAUUUAAUUGUUACAAACAUCUUAGACAAUAUUCAUAUAAAAAUAUUCAUUAAAAAAAGGGAAAUGUCUUUCUAAAGUGAAACAUUUUGUAGCCUCAUUUAAAAACUAUAUUUAAAAUGUAAACAUCUUUGGAAAAAAUGUUACUUGCUUAAAGGCGUGCACUUUCAACAGAACUUUUCUUUGUUUGGUUGUGAAGAAAGAUUGACUCUACUUGGUUAUAUUUAGAGUUUGACCAUUUAAAUUUCUAAUAAACCCUUUUUCCUUUUACCUGACCAAACCUAAAGCGAUAUUAUCAAUAAUAGCAUAUGUACUGUAUCUGUAAUGUGUGAAUGCUCAAUGUUAAAAAGAACAUCUUUUGUUCUGGAUUGGUAACCACUUGAAGAAUAUGCUAAUGUGUGAAAUAUAUUUUUAAGAAUCAUCAUUUGAAGGGAAAAAAAUAAAAAUAAAUAUAAGCACUUGUGUCCUUUUGGAAAAAA